CUCUCUCCCACACUACUGGAUAUACGACAGUCUCACACUGACACGUGUAAAUACGUUAUUGGUCGAUCAGCUACCUUUGUAUAUAGUCGUCUUCUUCGCUCUACUGCGAGAGCUGGAAGAACCCCAAAUCCCUCUCCCUGAGUCUUCUCUGCAACCAAUCGGCGAUCGUCCCCAAUUGGUUCGGCUAUUUCUCCGAUAAGAGAUACUAUAAGCAGCAGUCGUAACAUAUGGCUUCGUUCAGAGCAUUCUGGAAUAGUCCGAUUGGUCCGAAAACCACUCACUUUUGGGGACCUGUUGCAAACUGGGGGUUUGUUGCCGCUGGACUGGCAGAUAUGAGUAAACCCCCAGAAAAAAUUUCUGGAAACAUGACAGCAGCAAUGUGCGUUUAUUCAGCAUUAUUUAUGAGGUUUGCAUGGAUGGUACAGCCUCGUAACUACCUACUUUUGGCGUGCCAUGUCUCGAAUGAGACUGUCCAACUCUAUCAACUCUCCCGCUGGGCGAAGGGUCAGGGGUAUUUGCCCCAGAAGAAGGAUGAAGCUGCCACCCAAUAAGUCUUGUUGCUUCUGUCAUCUCAUUGUUAUAUCUUCGUUUCAGUUGCGAUUUUUGAAUUAACCAAUGUUCAUCAUGUUAAGACUUUCGUAUAUUGCUAUUGGCGUUUUAGAUAAAUUACCGAGCAGGUGAAACUUGUUUUGUAAUCUAUUCUGUUUAUGUCAUGCGUUGAUUUCUUUUCAAAAGUAUUUGUUUCA